GAGAGGCUGCGUGUUUUGCAUCUGCUUCGAUCAGGAGCAAUGGAGAAAACGGCCGUGGUGACGUCGUUGCAGGCCGUGAAGCAGAAGUCCGGCAAGACGCACGGCCAGAUAGCGGCGGAGACGGGCCUCACAAACGUCUACGUGGCGCAGCUAUUGCGGCGCCAAGCACAGCUCAAGCCGGAGACUGCCCCAAAGCUCAAGUUGGCCCUGCCCGAGCUUCCCGAUCAUCUGCUCCAAGAGAUGAUGCUACCCCCCAUGAGGUCCUACGACCCCAAUUUGAUCCAAGAACCCUCUGUUUACAGACUGAAUGAAGCCGUAAUGCAUUUUGGUGAGAGCAUCAAGGAAAUUAUUAAUGAGGAAUUUGGAGACGGCAUCAUGUCAGCUAUAGAUUUCUAUUGCUCGGUUGACAAAGUUAAAGGAGUGGAUGGGAAGGACCGCGUGGUUGUAACUUUUGAUGGCAAAUACCUGCCCUACACUGAACAGAAAUCUGAAGAUAUGGUCUCAAGAUCUCAAGGAAAUUAAAGAUGAUAUGGCUCUUCAGCUGGUAAAGGAAGUUUCUUCGUCACUCAUAGCUUUAAACUUGCAUUGUCCGUCCUCUAUGGCCCUUAAAAUAGUGUUCAUCAUUGAGCUGUUUGUAUCUGCACUUGCAAGAACAUAUGAACUUCACGCGUGUAUGUGUGCUUGUGAUGGGUACUCAAAUAACUCGUAGUAAAUCAUGCUUUGCACUCA